AUGGACGUGCCUAAGCCUGGCAACUGGCCCGUGGAUCCCCAAGAGGAUCAAGAAAUACGGAAGGAUCGCAUCUGGGUUGAUGGUUGCUUCGACUUCGCACAUCACGGCCAUGCUGGUGCCUUACGACAAGCCCGACAACUGGGACACGAACUGUACGCUGGUCUCCAUUCAGACGAAGAGAUCUUGCAACACAAGGGUCCCACGGUCAUGACUCUAGAUGAACGAGUUGCUGCGGUGGACGCCUGUCGGUGGACGACCAAGUCCAUCCCCUAUGCCCCUUACGUGACAGCCUUACCUUGGAUCUCCCACUAUGGAUGUUAUUACGUGGUCCAUGGGGACGACAUCACUUCCGAUGCCGGUGGCGAAGACUGUUAUCGUUUUGUCAAAGCAGCCAACCGCUUCCUGGUGGUUAAGCGAACGCCGGGUAUUUCUACCACCGACAUUGUCGGCCGAAUGCUGCUUUGUACUAAGACACACUUCAUCAAAUCUUUGCAGGACGAACUUCAAGGCAAGACGGACGGCGCCGUCAAUCCCCAGAAGGCAGCCGCGGGUGCCGAGAUGCUGCAGAGAAUCAGAGACUACGCUACAGACGAGACUGCUCUCAACCCAGGUUCUGAAGUCUGGACCUGGGCCGCUGGGGAACGGGAAACCCUAGGGAAUCAAGAGACCAUCGCGGGGUCGUUCCAGCAACUCGUUGCCGGCAAUGGUCCCAAGCCUGGUCAACGCAUAGUCUACGUGGAUGGAGGCUUCGACCUCUUUUCUUCAGGACACAUUGAAUUCCUCAAGCGAGUCGACCGGGCCGAGAAUGGCGAAGCAUAUGUUGUGGCGGGAGUACACAAUGAUGAUGUGAUCAACCACUGGAAAGGAUUGAACUACCCCAUAAUGAACAUCUUCGAGCGCGGGCUGUGUGUUUUGCAAUGUCGAUAUGUCCAGGCGGUCGUCUUUGGAGCACCAUACUCGCCAUCCAGACCUUACCUGGAAGCACUGCCACUGGGAAAGGUUGCCGCCGUGUACCAUGGGCCUACAGAUUUUAUGGGCUCACCGUUCGAUCCGUACAAGGACGCCAGAGAAUUGGGCAUUCUGCGUGAGAUCCCGAAGCAUCCCUAUUCUCACGUCAAUGCGGGAGAGAUUGUCAUGCGAAUCAUGAAGGGGCGCCAGGCUUUUGAGGAGCGACAAAGGAGGAAAGGCGAAAAGGCCGUCGGGGAAGAAGCCGCACGUGAACGAGAGCUUCUUGAACAGGAACAAGCAGUCAUAGAGACGAAACGAAGAGCUCUGUCGAGCUGA